AUGGUAAAUUCUGAAAGAACUGGAAGUAUAAAAAAAGCAUCAGAGAGGAGACUAAAGCUGCAAGAUCAAUCACCUGAAGUAAGAAAGCAAGUUGUUGGACCAGUUGAAAUAUUCCGCUUUGCUGAUGGACUAGAUAUCACACUCAUGAUCCUGGGAUUACUUGCAUCAUUGGUAAAUGGAGCCUGUCUUCCUGUAAUGUCACUGAUUUUAGGAGAAAUGAGUGAUAAUCUUAUUAAUGGAUGUCUAGUCAAAACCAACACUACAAAACAUCAAAACUGUACUCAGUCUCAGGAGAAGCUGGAUGAAGGCAUUACUGUGUUGACCCUGUAUUAUGUUGGUGUUGGAGUUACUGCCUUGGUUUUUGGUUACAUGCAGAUUUCAUUUUGGGUUAUGGCUGCAGCACGGCAGACCAAGAAAAUACGAAAACAACUUUUUCAUUCAAUUAUGGCCCAGGACAUCAGCUGGUUUGAUAGCUGUGACAUUGGUGAACUUAACACUCGCAUGAUUGAUGAUAUCAACAAAAUCAAUGAUGGCAUUGGGGACAAGAUUGCUCUCCUGUUUCAAAACAUAUCUACUUUUUCAAUUGGCCUGGCAAUUGGUUUAGUGAAAGGUUGGAAACUCACCCUGGUUACUCUGUCCACCUCUCCUCUUAUAAUUGCUUCAGCAGCUAUGUUUUCUAAGAUAGUCAUCUCAUUGACCAGUAAAGAAUUAAAUGCCUAUUCCAAAGCUGGUGCUGUGGCCGAAGAAGUCUUUUCAUCAAUCCGAACAGUUGUAGCCUUUGGAGCCCAAGAGAAAGAAAUUCAAAGGUAUACACAGAAUCUAAAAGAUGCAAAGAAUGUUGGCAUAAAAAAGGCUGUAGUUUCAAAACUCUCUCUUGGUGCCGUGUACUUCUUUAUGAACGGGACUUAUGGACUUGCUUUUUGGUAUGGAACCUCCUUGAUUCUUAGUGGAGAACCUGGCUACACCAUCGGAACUGUUCUUGCUGUAUUUUUUAGUGUCAUCCAUAGUAGUUACUGCAUUGGAGCAGCAGCACCUAACUUUGAAACCUUCACUAUAGCCCGAGGAGCUGCUUUUAAUAUUUUCCAGGUUAUUGAUAAGAAACCCAAUAUAGAUAACUUUUCAACAACAGGAUAUAAGCCUGAAUUCAUAGAAGGAAUGGUGGAAUUUAAAAAUGUUUCUUUCAGUUAUCCAUCAAGACCAUCUAUCAAGAUUCUAAAAGGUCUGAAUCUCAAAAUUAAGUCUGGAGAGACAGUGGCAUUAGUUGGCCCCAAUGGCAGUGGGAAGAGUACAGCAGUUCAACUUCUACAGAGGUUGUAUGAUCCUGAAGACGGCUUUAUUACAGUGGAUGGUAAUGACAUCAAAACUUUAAAUGUUCGACACUAUCGAGAAUAUAUUGGAGUUGUCAGCCAAGAGCCUGUUUUGUUUGGGACUACCAUUAAUAACAAUAUUAAAUAUGGUCGAGAUGGCGUGACCAAUGAAGAAAUUGAGAAAGCAGCAAAGGAAGCAAAUGCUUAUGAUUUUAUAAUGGAGUUUCCCAAUAAAUUUAAUACCUUGGUUGGGGAAAAAGGAGCUCAAAUGAGUGGAGGACAGAAACAGAGAAUUGCCAUUGCUCGAGCUUUAGUUCGAAACCCCAAGAUUCUGAUCUUAGAUGAGGCUACGUCUGCCCUAGAUACAGAAAGUGAAUCAGUUGUUCAAGCUGCUCUAGAGAAGGCAAGCAAAGGUCGAACUACAAUUGUGGUAGCACACCGACUUUCCACUAUACGAAGUGCAGAUCUGAUUGUGACCAUAAAAGAUGGUAUGGUGGUGGAAAAAGGAACACACGCUGAACUUAUGGCCAAACAAGGUCUAUAUCAUUCACUUGCAGUGUCACAGGAUAUUAAAAAGACUGAUGAACAAAUGGGAUCAAUGGCAUAUUCUACUGAAAAAACUUCCAACUCAGUUCCUCUGUGCUCUAUAAAUAGUAUAAACUCGGACUUUACUGAGAAGUCUGAGGAAGCCAUUCAAUAUAAAAAGACAACUCUUCCUGAAGUUUCUCUAUUAAAAAUCUUUAAAUUAAACAAGCCUGAAUGGCCUUCUGUGGCUCUGGGGACAUUAGCUUCUGUUCUAAAUGGAACUGUCCAUCCAGUAUUUUCCAUCAUCUUUGCAAAAAUUGUAACUAUGUUUGAAAAUGAUGAUAAAGCUACAUUAAAGCAUGAUGCAGAAAUUUAUUCCAUCAUAUUUGUCAUUUUAGGUGUUAUUUGCUUUGUCAGUUUUUUCAUGCAGGGAUUAUUCUAUGGCAGAGCAGGGGAAAUUUUAACCAUGAGAUUAAGACAGUUGGCAUUUAAAGCCAUGAUAUAUCAGGAUAUUUCAUGGUUUGAUGAUAAAGAAAACAGUACAGGAUCCUUAACAACAAUACUAGCUGUAGAUAUAGCCCAAAUUCAAGGAGCAACAGGUUCAAGGGUUGGUGUCUUAACACAAAAUGCAGCUAACAUGGGACUAUCAGUUAUCAUUUCCUUUAUGUAUGGAUGGGAGAUGACACUCCUGAUCCUGAGUUUUACUCCAGUACUUGCUCUGACAGGAAUGAUUGAAACUGCAGCAAUUACUGGAUUUGCCAACAAAGACAAGCAAGAACUCAAGAGAGCUGGAAAGAUAGCAACUGAAGCUGUGGAGAAUAUACGUACUAUAGUAUCAUUAACAAGAGAAAAAGCCUUUGAGCAAAUGUAUGAAGAGACUCUUCAGACACAACACAGAAAUACCUUGAAGAAAGCACAGAUCAUUGGAAUUUGUUAUGCAUUCAGCCAUGCUUUUGUAUAUUUUGCCUAUGCAGCAGGGUUUCGAUUUGGAGCCUAUUUAAUUCAAGCUGGACGAAUGACCCCAGAAGGCAUGUUCAUAGUUUUUACUGCAAUUGCAUAUGGAGCUAUGGCCAUGGGAGAAACCCUUGUUUUGGCACCUGAAUAUUCCAAAGCCAAAUCUGGUGCUGCCCAUCUGUUUGCUUUAUUGGAAAAGAAACCAACUAUACACAGCUACAGUCAAGAAGGAAAAAAAUCAAACAUAUGUGAAGGUAAAAUAGAAUUUCGAGAGGUCUCUUUCUUCUAUCCGUGUCGCCCAGAUGUUCUCAUCCUACGUGAUUUGUCCCUCAGUAUUGAGAAAGGGAAGACGGUAGCAUUUGUUGGGAGCAGUGGUUGUGGGAAAAGCACUUCUGUCCAACUUCUGCAGAGGUUUUAUGACCCUGUGAAAGGACAAGUGCUGUUUGAUGGUGUGGAUGCAAAGGAAUUGAACAUACAGUGGCUUCGCUCCCAAAUAGCAAUUGUUUCUCAAGAACCUGUGCUCUUCAACUGCAGCAUUGCAGAGAACAUUGCCUAUGGUGAUAAUAGCCGUGUUGUGCCAUUAGAUGAGAUAAAAGAAGUAGCAAAUGCAGCAAACAUCCAUUCUUUUAUUGAAAGUCUCCCUGAGAAAUACGACACACAAGUUGGACUAAAAGGAACACAGCUUUCUGGUGGCCAGAAACAAAGACUAGCUAUUGCAAGGGCUCUUCUCCGAAAACCAAAGAUUUUACUAUUGGAUGAGGCAACUUCAGCCCUUGAUAAUGAAAGUGAAAAGGUGGUUCAACAUGCCCUUGAUAAAGCCAGUAAGGAGAGAACAUGCCUAGUGGUUACACACAAACUUUCCACAAUACAGAAUGCAGAUUUGAUAGUGGUUCUGCACAAUGGAAAAAUAAAGGAACGGGGAACUCACCAAGAGCUACUGAGAAAUCGAGACAUGUAUUUUAAAUUAGUAAAUGCACAAUCAGUGUAGUGGUGUUGUUGAAAUGAACACAUAUUUUGAUUUUAUCUAAUGCAAAGAAAGUAUACAUAAUAAUAAUUUGCCAACUGUGAUCUCUUUCAUGCAUGUAUCAAUACUUAGAAUCAUAUUGUUCAAGUACAGAAUCAGUUUACGCUAUCACUUGUUUGAAAGGAAACAAAAAUUCCCUAAAUUCAUAUGAGUGAGAU